AUGGACAAAUCAUAUCUGGCUGGUCUCUACACCGAAUGGCCUGUCACGGUCAUCAGCUCACUCAGAAUGUCUGUCCAGGCAAGGUCGUCAGGACUGGAGAUAAUUCCUCUCUUCGACAUUGUCGUCGUCGCCGUCGGUUCCCACAAUGUUUUCAUUUCAAUGCCCACCGGUUCUGGUAAAAGCUUGUGCUAUCAGUUACCAGCCGUACUAAAGGAUGGUGUGUCCAUUAUUAUUUCUCCUCUGCUUGCGCUAAUCUGUGACCAACUUUCGCAUUUGUCGAAACUAAAAAUUCCGGCAGCAACUCUGAACUCAAAACAGUCUCUCCAAGAACGAAGCGAUGUCAUGAAAAGGUUAUUGCGUCCACCUGGCUCUAUUGAAAACUUUGCUCUUCCCAGGAUCAAACUGCUUUACGUUACGCCUGAGCAAUGUGAGACAACCGGGUUCCGCUCGUUGGCCAAAAAUCUAACAGAAUCUGGAUCCGUGAAAUAUUUUUUUGUCGAUGAGGCUCACUGCGUCUCCGAAUGGGGUCAUGACUUUCGGCCUGCCUACUUAAGGCUCGGAAAGUUGCGGUCUACGUUAUUUCCGAUGGUGCCAUGCAUCGCUCUUACUGCAACAGCUAAUUCACGUGUAAAGACCGAUAUAAUUUCGACAUUGCAACUAGACCCACGCACGGCGUGUGAGGAGGGUGGCUUGGAGAUAACAAAUUUCAAGGAAUUCGUCACAGGAGUUUUUCGUCCCAAUUUAUACUACGAUGUGAUAUUUUCUGACUUAUUAAAGACCCCGUAUGAUGACUUGUCGUCAUUUAUUGGCAAAUGCCUCUGUGAUGUGAACCAACUCCAGAAAUCUUCGAAAAGCAGCUGCAGCGGCAUCGUUUACUGCCGGACACGAGAGGAUUGCGAGACAGUCGCUCAUCAGCUGUCCAUUCGAGGAGUUCUGACUCGUGCUUAUCAUGCUGGCCUAAGGAAAAGCGACCGGACAAAGGUUCAGGAAGAGUGGUUCAAGGGUUCCUUCCCUGUGGUCGCGGCUACCAUAAGUUUUGGCAUGGGUGUGGAUAAAUCAAAUGUUCGUUGUGUUGUGCAUUGGACGAUUCCAAAGAGUCUAGCAGCUUAUUACCAGGAAUCUGGUAGGGCCGGACGUGAUGGUCUUCCCUCAUUCUGCCGCAUUUACUACGCCAAACAAGAGCGCGAUACAGUGGCCUUUCUUAUCGGCCAGCAAUCUGAGAGUGCAACAACCAAAAAGAAGAAGGAAUAUCGCGAAAAAGGCGUCCAGGAUCUAGCCCUUAUGAUAAACUACGUGGAAAGCGUUCAGAAAGUCUCGCAGCAGUUGGCUGGUUAUAAACGUCUUAUAUACGGUAAUCUCGGGGAGCAGAGAGGAUUACUUGAUGAUGGUGCUCUAGACACAAAUUUGUAUCGUGCGAAGCCUCGACGCAAAGGCGAGGGCUGGGAGGACUAUGAGGAUAACUCAGAAACAAAUCGAAGGGAUUCCGAUGAAGAGGAUCGUCGACAACGCUCCAAAUUCAUUGCCGAAGAGCUUGCGCGUCGACGCAAAGCGGCACAGUCGAAUUGCCCAAAGGUUCCUUGGAUUUCCGCAGCCUUGGAUUCCCCACUUAUCGAUCCCGAGAGUAAGCUCAUCAACGGCUUGACAGGGAAGUCACGUGAUCAGACCUUGCAGCUCCUCAUUACUGCGGCUUGUGGCCAUGUAAUCGGUGCUGACAAUGCUGGUUCUGACCAGAGCACGGAUAAGCUCCGCCUCUGCAAUUUGGCUGCGCGACUGGAGCAUCAAAUCUUCAAAACUGCCAAGGUAGCCGGUGUAUACCGCGGUCACAUGGCGCGCAAAAUCGGUCAAACCCGCAAACUGCCCUCCCUGUCCGCUCUGUACGACGCCUUCGCGCAGUGGCUGGGUGCCCCUGUGGCCUCCUUCUUCGGGGACACCAAGACCGCGAGCGAUUCGCCCGGUCCGGCAGUCAAAGUGGACGAAGAUGCCAAGUCUCCGGUCGUUGAACAGGCGGCGCCAUCUCCCACUCCUGUGGCAAAACAGUCCACACCAGAACCGCCGUCUGGUGUGAAACCGGACGAUAUCAUGCAAUCCACGUGCUUCCCUCCUUCUCUUAAGAAGGCUCUCCUGGGCGACAAGGUGGAAGAGCCGAACCAGCAUCAGCAGCCGACGACGACUUUAAAGCCUUCUGCUGAGAAAAUGACGUAUUUUUGGGAGAAGUCAAAGCUUGAAGGAGCCAAUCAGAAAAGGCCUUCGACGUUUGACCUUGACGCUGCUCCGCCAAAGCCAAAAGUGCCCAAAGUAGAGGAACCACCUCCUGUGCACUUUCUUCUCGAGCCCACAUUGGAAGCACCACAAUCGCAGAAAACGACUCCUCCCCAUCCCAGGCCUCUUAAGAGAAGUCCUCCCAAUCCCGAAAACGCGCCGCGACCUGCGAACGAAGCCCAAACUCGAACCAAGGGCUGCACCUCUGCUACGCACAGCGCGUCGUUCAACCACGCCUCUCUGUCCGGUACUGAGGAUCAGCGUUGCGAUAGCGGUGGAUUCCACCGGGAGAGGAGGAAGAAGGAACAC